AUGUCCAAAUUGAAUAGGGACGUUCUUUAUUUGAUAUUCGAAGAAUUUCAAGAUGAUGAAAAUACUCUUCAUUCAUGUCUUUUAGUUAAUAAAACUUGGUGUGAAAUAAUUAUUCCAAUUUUAUGGAAGAAUCCUUGGAAAAAUCUAAAACGAGAAAAAGAAAAAUCAUUAUUAAACGUUAUUAUUUCACAUUUAUCAGGAGAGUCAAAAAAUAAUUUAAAAAAUCUUGGUAUUAAUUUUUUGGAAAAUUUAUAUCAGAAACCAUUAUUUAAUUAUAUUAGUUUUUGUAGACAUUUAAAUUUAUUUAAAGUCAAAACAAUAAUUAAUGCAAUAGAUAAAGAUUCUGAAAAGAUAAUUAUUAAAAAUGAUAUAUUUAGUCUUUUUAUUAAUGAACAUACAAGAUUUACACAUCUUUAUAUACCUUUUCAAGUAUUUCUUAUUCCUGGGACUAAAUGUUGUUUUUCAGAAAUUGAAUUUCUUAGUUGUAAUACGAGCGUAAAUGAUAAUAUUUUGGUUGAAUUAACUGAAAUAUGUAAAUCAAUUAAGGAAUUGGAACUUAUUAUUGAAGUACAAAAUAAUAAUUAUCAAAUUAUUAAAUUAAUUAAAACUCAAAAAAAAUUGUUUAGUGUUAGUUUUCUAAUAGAUUAUUUAUAUAAUAAUACUGAUGAAACAUUUCGUAUAUUACUUGAAAAUUCAUUAAUUAGACAUGCAAAUACUAUACAAUAUUUUAAGGCAACUAGACAACCUGCCACACAAAUUCUUUCAUCUUUUGUAAAUUUAAGAAUAUUAGAAUUAGAUUGUAUUUCUAUUGAUACUUGGAAUUGUUUAGAGAAUUUAUCUUUACCUUUCUUACAAAUUUUAAAAGCAAAUCAAGUUCCAAUCAAAGCUUUAACAAGAUUAAUUGAAAAUACGAGUGGAUUUCUUAUUGAAAUAAAUAUUGAUUAUAAAAAUCAUGAUGAAUUAAGUAAUAAAAGAAUUAUUCAAGUGAUUUAUCAAAAUUGUCCAUAUCUAAAAUAUCUUAAAAUAAUGUUAAUUAAUAGUAAUAUUUUAGAAUUAGAAAAUUUAUUAAUUAAUUGUCAACAUUUAGAUGGAUUAUUUAUUAUUAUUUAUAAUACAAUAGGUAAUAUAUUUAAUUGGAAUAAUUUAUUUGAAAUAUUAACUAAAUCAUCACCAAUUACUUUAUUUAAGUUUAAAUUUAGUUUUUAUCCUUCUUAUAGACAAAUUAAAUUUGAAUCAUUAAAAUUAUUUUUUGAUAAUUGGAAGGAAAGAUAUCCUAUGUUAUUACAAUUCAGUCAAAUAGGAGGAAAUAUGGAUGAUUUGAUAGAAGUAUAUAAAGUAAAAGGAAUAGUUAAAAAAUAUGAUAAUUAUUUAUAUGGUAAAGAUUUUGAAUUUUAA